UGCGUGCAUCUUGACUCUUUUGACUGUAUCAUUUGUUUAAUUGUAUUUUUUUCGUGACUGCUCGCUGAGUCACUUAGUGGGCAUGGCAUUGGUGUUGAGGUGAUGCAGGAUUCUUCUGAAGUGUCUGGAAAUCCUGCAGCAUUGGUGGUCAAAUCCUCGAAGAGAAAGAGGGCGAAGCGGAAAAGAGGGCAACAGUGGGCCUACUACGUGGAAUCGUUCAAGAGAACUGUCGAUUGCCUUUACGAGAUCUGCCGCUCUGAUCAUAACAUCAACGGUUGUAAGGAGGCCAUUAUCUAUCUAGAAAAUUCGAAACGAGACUUUGAAUCACUCAUCAACACUAUCAAAGUGGAGACCACGUGGGAUGAGUCAAGCAGACCACAAGCUGUUGCUUGGGAGAUUCGCAAAUCGACACGAUCUCCCGUCGACGUCCCACUCGAUACGCUACCUCCACUGUUGCUGAAAGACACUCCAAACAAUUCUCAGGAUGGAGACGAUGAAGACCUCAAGGAAGCCAUUCGGCUGUCUCUUGACGAUGAAUGGCAAGUCGUACUGCCGCGUCGUAGGAGAAGUACGAGUUCAUCCAGUGAGGUCAUAACUCAUCCUGAUCCAGUUAGUACCACACCAUCUCCACAGCAACAGCCAGAAGUCGAGCCUCCACGCCCGAAUGUGUACGAUCGCCUUUCUGCACCAAGACGGACAAAUUCUCCUUCGGUCAUUAAUGCUGCUGCAGCCUCAUCUCGUCCUGUACUGCGAUCAUCGCUUGUUUCUCAGCAAGCUCGGCUUACCUGCCCUCGCAGUGCAAUGGAUCUUCCACAAACCAAGGCUUCUAUGGCGAAAAUGGCUUAUAGCAGACAAUUACUGUGGGAACGUAAUCAGUCUUUACUAGCGGAAAAGUUGCGCGCUAAACAACGAAUGGAUCGAGUAGAUAGGCAAAGAAGAAGAACAGGUCCAACGCGUUGUGGUAUACAUUUUGCUGAUCGUCCUUCGGCCCAGAAUGCCGCCAACUCAUUUUGCCAGCGUCGUCAAGGCAAUAGCGCUCCCGUAAGUGAACGAAAUCCUUCUGUGGAUCGUUCUUUGCAGUCGAUCAAUGAAGUUGCGGAAGGAGAUGAAAUGGAAACAGUACCGGCAGAUCCGACCCCCACUGAUCCGUCGAAGGACAAUGUCCGGUUUUCUUCUACCAGAUCAGAGCCAGCUUUCAAUGAAGUUUCUUCUUUACUUGGAUUGGAUGAUGAUGUAGAAUGGAAGGAAAUGACUGAAGAGGAAGAAUCUCUCGCUUUGGAAGAACAUAGCCUCAAUCUUGAGAUAGAACAUGAGGAAUCAUUUUCAAUCGAUGUUGAAUUAGAACGUCAAGUUGCAGCAGAGGCAGAGGCGCUUGAGAAGUUUGAGCUUUCACAGAAGACUGCCUUUCCAAAUAAGGACAAGUCAAGCAGUCUAGGAGCAAAUUCAGGCCAAGCAGCAGAUCCUGAUCAAAGUCGUGAAGACGUUCGUCGUCGUCACGUCUUGACGUGGAGCGAAGUCGUUGGGAAUAGAGAGUUUUCUGCUUAUCGUGAGCCGGGUACGGUAGCUGAACGUCAUGAAAAGAUGAGCAGCCCUAGUCGCAGAAGAUGCGAAAAAGACGACGCCGAUUUCUCUUCUCGUCAUGCUGAGAAACUGCGACGAGCUACUGAACUGAGAGAACAGCUUCAGGCCGAAAAGACCGCUCGGUUGAGAGAGCUUGCUCGAAGGGUAGAAGAGGUGCGUGAAAAGCGCCAGAAAGUCAUCGAAAGAAAAAGGCAGUUGCUAGAAAGUCGUAUGGAGAGAGCACAAGAAAAUCGCGAGAAGAAUAUUACGGAAAUCAUACGUCGUGCGAAGGAUGACGAACAGAAGGUACUAGAAGUACAAUUUAUCAACUCUUUGCAAGGUGGAAACAUGUUGUUGGAUUUGCGGAUGAGGGACGCGGGAGUCGAAGAACGCAAGCAAACUCUAGCAGAAGAACGAGCUAAGAGAAUGGAAGAGAAAGCGGCAAAAGAACAUGCUGCUGAGGAAAGGCGAAAACAGGCAGAAAUGGAGCGAAUAGCCCGCUUGCAAGAGCUUGCUGAGCGAAAAGAGGCACGUCAUGCUCAAAUUGCUGCUCAAAAAAAUGAGCAGGAAAGGUUGCGCAAUGAGAGGCGCAAACAGCAGCAAGAGAAGUUGAGCGAGCUACGUUUGGCAGAUGCCGAAGAAAAUGAGUCUCUUAGAAAACGCAUUCAGGAAAAGAUUGAGUCGUCAUCCCGUCGUCAUGAGCAAACCCUAGAGGAAGUACGGGUGCGCGCACAAGAAUUUUCGUCUCCACGACCUCCAUCUGGUUGUCGGUGGAUGUGGUCGUUUGUUGAUUGCUGCCAUUGGCCGUCGGAUCUAGCUGGAAUAACAUUCACCUGCAGUAAUUGCACUAGCGAGAUGCGCACAGAACUCAAUGCAGUUGCUCAUGUUAUGUCGGAAAAGCAUCUUUCCAAGACCAAGCUUGACUUAUUGCAGUUAUCGACUGAUGAUCUUGAGAGAGAAUUUUGUGCGCUGAAUCAGAGCACUAGCGUGGAAACUGUUGUUGAGAAUCAGGAAGAUGAAGCAGCAUUCAGGAAGAAAAGGGCGAAGGUCAAGCAAAGGCUGGCUGUGAGGAACAAAAAAGUUGCUGAGUUGAAUGAGACGCCACCAUCUCCCGGUCGUCAUCCUAAAUGCCUUCGAGAUCUGAUGAAUGUGACUGCAAAAUGUCAGAAGCCAGGCAGGCUUGAUGAUACGACCCUGCAGGUGUUGGAUAGGUCAUUGAGUGAGGUCUCAAGAGAGGCGCAGUCACAAGAAUGGUACGCGGCCAACGUAAAAUCGUGUAAUGACUCCACCCUACUUUGUGACUUGGUCAAUUUGAUGAUGAAGUGGACAACGACAGGAGCUAGUAUUCGAUUGCUCAGAAAAUUAGCUGCACUUAUUUGUCGAUUUUGCUCUGCUCCAUCAUUCUGUCGGUCCAUUCUCUUCACCCAUGUAAUUGUGGAUCUGAUUGAUAAUAUCAUUGUCCUACUGAAGAGUGAAUGUGACUCGGACCACUCAGUAUGUCUACUUGAUGUCUUAUUGGCGGCUAUUGGUUGUGCUAGGUCCUCUGCGACAGAAUGGAAGGUCUUCAAGGUGGACGAGCACGAGCUAGAAGUUCGCAUCAGCAUGUUAUCCAGCUAUCUGUUAUCUUGCCGGUUGCCUUCGGUUCUCGAUACUAUUGUGACUCCAGCCAUGUCACAAGAACUUUUUAUCAAACUCAACACUCUUCACUCUGUUUUUGCUGAUGUAGUCAGUGAGGAUACAACUGCUAUCGCAUCGGCAUUUUGUGGCUGUGUUUUGAAAGUAGCCGUAUCCGCCGUUCGGUCACAGUCAUCACCACUGGAAGAGCACAAAGCAGAUAACAGUAAUGCGGAACUUUACACUGAGGCUGCUAUUAGCCUUUCUGAGCGCUUAAGCAGAGAGGAUAGCUGUCGGAAGGUGCUAUUAGAUUCCGCUGAGCGGAGUCUCCGAUUGCUCCUUCUUCUUGGUCACGUAAUUAGAUCUACUGAAAAGGAAGCUGCUUCCAAUGCGUCAUCUACGAGUGGAAUGUCAAAGCUGGCUCCAUCAGCGUUGGAGCUAAUUUCUCGAUAUGCAUCAUUUACUCUAUCUCAUCAGAUUUCGUGCGUGCUCGGCGGUCAUCGCUCGUUACUUUCUGUAACUGCAUCGCUUCCAGUAUUUUAUCUCACUAGGUUGUCCUUAAAAGUCUUAUUCUUCUCUGCUGUCAUAUCAAUGACUUAUGGAAAUCGUUCGGCUGUUCAACUUUUGUUAGAGGAGCUGAGUGAGAAGCAUGUGCUCAGAUUUAUAAAGGAAAUUCAAGAAGGACAUUUUAAGAACGUGAAAGUCUUCGAGAAGGUUAUUGCAAAAUCUGAUUUCGAAUCGCUUUUGCGGUUUUAUCAAACAGCUGCUGAAUGAUUUCAUGUAUUUGUUCUAGCUUCUGAUUUGCCUAGUCCGGUCUUUGCUUGCAUAGGUCGUGUAGAUAAUAUGUUCAUAUUCUGUUACUGUCCGUUUAGUUCGUUUACUUGCUCUGUUAACCAUGAUCACAUUUGUAAAGUCAUAGACGAAUUGAUCUUAGUGACAUCUACCAAAGAUUUCGAAUAAAAGUAUGAAUAAGUCU